UGUGAGAACAAAGUUGUAUGCUAGUCUUAAGCCGUGCCUAACAUUAGUAAUGUAUAGUCAUAUAGUUAUAAAAAUUUAAGGCAAUUACGUCAUAAAUGAAUUCUUUUAUAUGUAUUUCAAACAAUUUACCCCCCCCAUUCUACGCCACUAGGCACUAGGUAAAUGUUACAAUUUUCCGCCCGUUUUUAGUCUUAUGGGUGUCCAUCAGUCUCAUUAUUCUAAGACUCUUUACAAGUUAUUUAAAUGUCAUAGGAGGUUCUUAAUUGGGAGUUUCCUAAAUCUGCCGAUGCAUGCCAGCUAAACCUUCUGCUUCUUAAAUCCGCCAUAAGUUUCGUAAACUAUUCUAGUUUUUUAUGAUUUAUGUGACUUUGUAUAACUAUCGAACGGUAUGGUUCUACUUGACGUAGGUAUAUUUGGAUAUCUGUGGUAUUACUGUUCCCUUAAUUAAGUACUCAUAAAUUAUUUAUUAGCUAUUUAAAUAAGCUAUAAGUAUUCGUAGCAACAGUGCUGCCACGUUAGCGCCUUAGCCUUAGGAGCUAGAUCAAGCACUUUAAUGGGACACAUAAUGAUUUAAUUCAAAUAUUUUAUGAAAAAUCACACUGAGUAAAAAUCACGUUGAAAUGUCUAAACCUGACCUGUUAAUUUGUAGCCAAAUUGAUAAAAACUUUGAGGACUUUUUUAGUGAAAACAAUUUAUAUAGAGAUUUUUAUGCAAUCAGGCGCUUUGUUCAAGUGCUUUUAGUAAUAAAAGCACCUAUCUAACUUCAAACUGCCUGACUGGGAUUCCAACAAAUUAUUGUUAUGUUGUUUUUUCGUCAUUAUUAAAUAUUUAGCAAGUUCACGUUCAUUAAUUAUUUAUUUACAUAUAACCGUAUAUUGUAACAUAAAUAUAACGUACAUGAUAAGUUAUAAUCCUACUCGACCGUGAAUUACAGUUUUUUUUUGUGUUUAUGUUAGUACCUUAUUAUUUCAAUUAUGUAAAAAAUGUAAAGUAUUAUAAAAGUGGUACAGUAAUUUGAUUUAAAUCUCAAAUCAAACGAGUCAGACAAAAUAAUUUCAAAAAGCUGUUUUUACAACAAUUAAAUUUUAACAAUAAUCCAAAUUACAUUAUAAUUACCUACUUUAUGAUUACUGAGAGACACUGACUUCACUUCUACAAUAUUGAUAAAAUUAAUUUUGAAACUGUAAUUAAUAGAUUAUAAUAAUUUCAUAAUUGAUAUAGUUUUGUAUAUAUUGUAUCUUCCAUUUCAAUUUAUAUUCAAAACUAUGGUAGAAUCACUGAACCACAGAUACUAUAACUCAACACACAAAACUAAAUAAAUCAUUACUACUGUAGUUUAAAUUACUCUGUGGUUAGAUAAUAAGUUUAUUUGUUGACGAAUGUCAAUUAUUACUGUCAAAUUAUUGUUAAACGUCAAAUUUUAUUUACAAGUUUUUUUAUUGUCUUAUCUUAUUACUACAAUAUAAUCAUGUUUUUAUCAUUUUGCUUAUCUGAUAAUAAGUAACAAACUUAUUUAACAAUGAAACGUACGAUGUCUCCUAUUUAUCUGCCAUGGCAGGGUCGUCUACUCAAACGCAAAAAAAAAAUAAUUUUGAAGACCUCAAUUACUUCCCACCGAUACAGAAUGGACGAAUUAAUUUAGCAGAAUUUGUAAAAGCAACAUCAGACUUAGUAUCAAUUGUAGAUUGUCUUGGAAAAAUGUUUAAUCCCGUAAAAUAUGACAUGCAAGGUAAUAUUGAUAAAAUUAAAAACAAUUUCACUUAUGAUGAGAAUUCCUGUCUAUUUGAAUUAAUAUUAAAAGAAAAAUCUGAAAGUGGAAACACAGGUGCUGAAGCUACAUUAUGGCUCAAUAGGGCAUUACUGUUCUUCGAACUAACCUUUACUGGUAUCUUGCAAGACUUGAAGAGUGAAGUCAAUGGUGAUGAUAUAGAUAUGAAGAGUAUAUUCUCUUCAGCAUAUGAAGGCUCUGUAAAAAAAUAUCACAAUUGGAUAGUACAACGACUGUUUACGGUCAUCUGCAAAAUGUCUCCAACUUUUCCCCAAAUAAUCACAUCUUUAGGCCUCGAAAGUGUCGAGUCUUUCGAAAACAAAAUGGCAACAUUCACAUCAUCUUUACAAGUUGUAAGAUUAGCAAUUGACAAUUUUUUUAAAGACAAUGGUUUAUUUCUUGAAGAUUAAAUAAUUAAUAAAUGAUAUGUUCCUAUUAUCUAAAUGUAGUGUGUAUCCUACUGUGAUCUCUACCAAAUUUUUGUUACUUACACUUAAUUUGUUUAUCUACUUAGAGUCUUUAUUUGAUAACAAUUUUGAGCUGUUAAACUUUACUUAAUAAUUGAACCUUCUGAAGCAAAUUGUUUAAAAAAACACAAACAUUGUUUUAUAAUAUUUAUUGAGAAUUUUCAUUCAAAAUAGAUAUAAGUUAUGCACAAAUCAUGCGCUGACAUAAAAAUUCAUAUGAUAUAUUAUAAGUUCAUACACAUAUUAUCCCUACAGAAUAUAUUGAUAUAUUCUUUAUAAAACAAUAUAGUGGCUAAUCUACCUUUUAAAUGUGACUUACAUUCAAAUAUUUAUACUUAUGCCCUUAAAUGUCUAUCUGUUUUAUUGAUAUUUUGACUAAAUCCCAUAAUAAAUAGCUAAUAUACUAAUAUUAAAGAUGAGUUGUGUAGAUUAUAAUUGAGUUGAACAAAAUUGUAAUGAAUAUUAUUUUGAAGCAAUUAUGUAUAAGCAAAUUAUUUAUUCAAAAAUAAUGUGGUGCUGUUUGUGCAAAUGUGAAAAUACCUUUCAAUGGAAAAAGUUUCGCCUUUAAAGUACAUUAUGACAAAAGAAAUAAAAAAAUAUGUAAGGUACCUAUAAUAAGUAUUUUUGUAUGUAAAGUUCUAAAAGAAGUAUUACACUUACACAAUAUUAAAUUCUGUACUAUAUUUAGCGUAUCAAGUACUUAAGAUUUCAAAAUAAACCAAUGAGGAAGCUUUAAUGUGAAGUAAUAAAAUAAUUAACGCAA